AUGGCGGCGGUCAUUCUGCAAGUCAACAAGUACCCGACGCUGCUAAGGUUCACGGCGCUCUGCCUACCUAGCAACGGUCUUUUUGUGGCUUUGAGUCACGGAGAUAAUGCGAAGAGCGCUUCGCUAGGCGCAUACAGACUAUCCCGCAACUCGACGAGACGUAAUUAUGAACCCAACAAUCCUUUCGCCUCACCGCCGGCGCCGCGACCGCCACCUCAUCUCGUCGUAAACUCGAGCGGACAGAGCGUGCCCCAGUUCGGCAACCCAAAAAGUCUUGCCCCGCCUUCACCACAGACAUACAACCACAACAGCUCCUCAGAGAAUUUGCUACUGCCAGGAGGCAGGCGACCAGAUGGCUCGCCUGGGCGGUCACCUUUUGGCGAUGAUGCCUCUUCGCGGCGGUCAAGCUGGGAAUCAGAACGAACGGGGAACAGAAAUCCAUUCGACGACGACUCUUCGAGACCUGUAUCACGAGACGGAAGUGAAGAGGACUUGAACACCCAGACUGUGUCAGAAAAGUACAACAUCACACCUUCUGCUGGUCUAUUACUGUUUCCGGAAGACGUUGAGAAGGACGAUUAUCUGCACAACCCAGAUCCUGGUGGUGAGCCGAGAGACUGCGAUAUCUUCAGCAAGAGAGGUAUAGUCAAUGUUGGGGGUCUAGCAUUCAUUGUACUGGGGCUGUUGUGUCUGUUCAUCGGAUACCCCAUCCUCACCUUCGUGCAAGGCUACAUAACACAAAAGAACCCUUGCGCAGUCAACGAUGCCUGCCUGAACUCAGACCAGCCUUUAUUGAAGAAUCUGCGAUAUUCAUUGAUAGACCCCCAGACGCCCGAGUCCGCCAAGUCGAAGAAGGACUUCCACGGCAACACAUGGAACCUCGUGUUCUCGGACGAGUUCACGGAGCCUGGCCGAACGUUCUACGACGGCGACGAUCCGUACUGGCAUGCGGUCGAUUUGUGGUACGGGGUCACGCAAGAUCUGGAAUGGUACGAUCCGGAUGCAGUUACAACCAAUAAUGGCGCAUUGGAGAUCAGAUUCGACGCAUUUCAGAACCACGGCUUGAACUACCGGUCAGGCAUGGUGCAGAGCUGGAAUCAGAUGUGCUUUAAGGGGGGACGUCUUGAGGCUAGUAUACAACUACCGGCAGCUGGCGACACAGUCGGGCUAUGGCCUGGUUUCUGGACGAUUGGCAACCUAGGAAGAGCUGGGUAUGCGGCUACUACUGAAGGUAUGUGGCCUUAUUCAUAUUCGGACGUUUGUGAUGCAGGCAUCACGCCAAACCAGAGCUCGCCCGAUGGCAUCAGCUGGCUUCCGGGCAUGCGUUUACCAUCGUGCACUUGCGCCGGCGAGGACCAUCCAACUCCGGGAAACUCACGAUCGGCACCCGAGCUUGAUGUGCUGGAGGCUACUAUCGGGCCCUUCGAUGCGUCAGGGAACAGCAUCGGUCACGUCUCACAGACCUUCCAAGUGGCGCCCUUCGACAUUUUCUAUCAAGUGGACACAGACUGGGUCGAGAUGUACGAUGACACAAUUACACGAGUCAACGAGUACAAGGGAAGUCAGUACCAGCAGUCGAUCUCUGGUCUGACAAAUCUCAACAAUGACUGGUAUGAGGCCAAAGAUGGUUGGCAGGUGUAUGCGUUCGAGUACACUACCGAGACUAAGAACGACGAUAUCAUCUGGUAUGUUGGCGACACCACACCCACCUGGCGAGUACAUCAGAACGCCUUUGGACCCAACGGUAACGUGGGUGCAAGAACGACGCCCAGAGAACCGAUGUAUGUCAUCAUGAAUUGUGGCAUGUCUGGGUCAUUCUCGAUGCUCAAUCUCACCUACCUGACCGAGAUGUUUCCCGCCACCAUGAAAUUUGACUAUGUGCGGAUUUAUCAGGACGAAUCUAUGGAGUUGACUUGCGAUCCGGAAGGGUUCGAGACGACUCAAUAUAUCAAAGAUCACAUCGAUGUGUACACCAAUCCUAACAUCACACGAUGGUCGGCGACCAACUACGAUUGGCCAAAGAACUCGUUCAUGAACGAUUGCGAGUCGUGA